CUGUUGAGUAUAUAAUUACAUGUUUCUAUGUUGUCACCUGCGACCAAUGUUCCUGCAUUCCUUAUUAAUACUGUACCGAGCGUAAUCACAUGUGGCGUCAGUGACAAGAGAACAUCGUAGGGAAGAGAUGGUUUGGGAUUCAACAGCGCUGAGCGAACCGCCUCAAAGUCUGAGAAUGGAAAUUGCCGACGGUCCCGCCCGAUAGUCACGUGAGGUUUGGACAACACUGUUUGUGCAUGUUGUUCGCCUGCCACCGACUCGUUGUUGUGGACGACAUUCUGUACGCUAUUUCGCCUUUCGCUCACCUGCACCAGUCCAACGGAGCGUGUGCUGAUCCCGUUCAAGCCAUCGCUUUGCAUGGUCGUCGGUUCUUGUUAUGGCCCAACGUCGUCCCUCGCCCCAGACAGUGAACUCGUCGUCGGUCAGUUCACCCCCUCUGGCGCGAAAAAAGUACCCUCUGCGAUUGUCUCCCAGCUCCCGGAGGCGGAACAACCAUUUGCAUUUGGAUCCAUCCAUCGGUCAUAAACCACUGCGCGGCUCGACAUCAUCUACAGAGUCACGUCCUGUUUUGGUCCCUUUGCAGCCCAAUCUUCGCCGUCUGCCUUCUCGUGUAUUCACCAGCCAGAAGGGCGCUCCAGAAAUGCAUAUCGUGAGUCAAGCAGAUGCUUGCGUAGGUUCGAAACGGAAACGCGUCGCGACUAGCAAUGAAAACGCGCAAAACGGCGGUCGUCCGACGCGUGGCUCGGGGGUGCUGAAGAGACUCAGGAGCAGCUCUGGGCGUCGAAGGAAGUUUACCAGCGACGAGAGCGAUGCUAGCUCUAUGGAGAUUGACAGCGCCGCCCCAUGGUCCUUAUCACGUAAUUCAGAUUCCGAAAGCGGCGAAGAAGAACAGAAUGUUGAAGUUGAUGAUGACAGCGAGGAGUCCACCGAUGAUCAUCUUAUCAACUCUGCACCACCUAACCAACUACUUCGCCUUCGCAAAGAUGAACUGAUGCGGCUAUAUACCCUCACUGGUCUAUCUGAAGAUGCAGAACAACUGACCAAAUCCGACAUUGUCGACUACAUCAUCGCGGCUCGAGAUGACAUCGUAUCGUUACCUCCAUCCUCUCCUCCUGGGCACGGCAAUUCAAGUGACUAUUCAUCUGAUGAAGGCAACGCCGCUGAAAAUGAAGUGGACGACGCCCGAGGACUACCUUAUGUCCCGAUCGGAAAUCUUCGUCGUCGCGCUACAACAAAUGACUUAGGAAAGAGUCGAGGCAGAACCCUCAAAGGCAGAAGUUUGUCCAUGGGCACGUUCCAAGGGGACGUCGCGAUCAAUGCUUCAUCGCAUUCGUACAGAAGGAAUUCUAGAAAAGGUAGCGGUGGAUCUUCCGGAAGUAAUGCUACACGGCGCACUACUUCGAGUCGUUCAUCACCUCUUGCGUCCACAUCCUCAUCUGUGCAGACCCCUCCCGUGACUCGUCUACGCUCACGCAAAGUUUCCGCUGAAGCUACGUCACAGGGUUUGGCUUCUAUACCAGCGCCUGUACGCAGUCAAAGAUCAAGCAAAGGGAAGGGUAAGCAGGUCGAAUUCGAUGCCCAUACCACACAAUCCCAACCCAAGUCGUCAUUGGACGAAGAAAGCGAUCUGACUGAGCUAGAGGAACUAGAAGCUCGCUUGAGUGCCCGCCCCGAACCCAGUCCUCGUCGGUUGAGAAGCAAGGAUAAGGAGAGGGAGCGUGAAAAGGAUACAGGAACCCUGGAUGCACGGAGAGUGACUCCUAUGCGUAAGGCGAAGGGUCGGAUAAUGAGUCUAAAGGAAUCUGAAGAUGAGGCGGAGGAGGCGGAGGAGGAGGAGGAGGAGGAGGAGGAGGAGGAGGAGGAGGAGGCAGUCCCUGAUAUCAGUGUGAGUGAUGAUGAUGUAGAGACGGAGGAAGUGGAUGAACUUAUUUCCACUGCCUCUCCUUCACCUGCACCCUCUCGCGGGCGAAGAACGCCUCUACGGCGUCGUCUUCGCUCUGGACAUGGUCAAGAGGGCUCUGCUAGCGACGGGGAUGACGAAGACGACGCUGAGGGGGAAGAGGAUAUCAAUGAAGCAGAGGAGGAUGCUGAUGAAGAAUCGGGCGCUGAGGAGGAAGGGGAAGAAGAUGCCGAAGGAGAAGAUGACGACGAAAUCACCAUAGCCGUUGAGCCCCGAAGAUUACGCAAUGGGAAAAUUGUAGGCGAGGAGGAAGAAGACAUGGAUGUUGAUUCUUCGGUAGAAGAUAAUGAGGCUCAGGACCUUGAUGUCGAAGAUGUUGACAUAGAUGCUGAAGGUGACACCGAGGAGGAGGAGGAGGAGAGGGAGGAAGAAGAUGGCGAGGAUGGUGAGGAGGAGGAUGACGUCGAUCUUACUAUCGCUACAACAAAAACCCUUGUUCGUCUUCGGCGAAACGACCUCGUGCGCCUGUGUGAAGUCCGUGACUUAGAGCCUGUAGGCACUAAACCCCAGCUUGCAGAGGCACUCCUCCAAUGGCGGGAUAGGCAAGCGAUCUCAUCAAGAUCUUCUUCCGGUACCGUACGCCCACCGUCAACUAUCAAACGGCGGCGACGUAGGCCCAACAGUUCUGACACCGUCUCUUCGCCUAUUCUCCUUCGCUCUGAACGUGUUCAUACCGACGAACCGCGUACUCCGCAAGUGUCCCAAGAGCCUGAGCUGGAGUUGGACCUUGGUACACUUGGUCUGGAGGACCGGGAGAUACCCCCUGACAAGCUUCAGAAAUUGGAAAAGAUAGGUAGCGGUGGGUUCAAGGAUGUUUUCAUAGGCAAGUUUAAGGGUAGGAAAAUUGCUAUAUCAGAAUUCCGAGGACAGCUCACUGCCAUGGAUAUCAAGGAAUUGAAAUUGCUUGGAGGCUUCGACCAUCCGAACAUCGUUCGUUUCCUAGGUGUCAGCGUUCCAGAGAAUACCAAGGAGGUUCCGGUUAUGAUGAUCAGCGAGCUUUGUUCGAACGGUGAUCUUUUUGAUUACAUUCGUAAUGUCCACCCACCUUCCUUGCAUAAAGUUCUGGUUAUGAUGUUAGACAUCGCUCGCGGUCUAGAAUAUCUCCAUCUCAGAAAGCCUUCUGUCAUCCAUCGUGACUGCAAAUCCUCGAACAUUCUCAUCACAUCGAAAGGAAUAGCUAAGAUUGCUGACUUUGGUCUAGCGAAGGUCAAACAAUCUACGCGAUCCAUGGUUCGGAGCCUAGUCGGCACGGUCAAUUGGCAGGCCCCAGAGCUGUGGCAUGCCCAUCCCAAGUAUAAUCAUAAAGUCGAUGUCUUUUCUUGUGCCAUGGUGUAUUGGGAGAUGCUCCAGUGGCAUCAGCCGACCAAGAAAUUCCCCUGGGAGGGCAUGAAUGAACACGCAAUCUACGAGAUUGUAGGAACAAAACGCCAGCGUCCUUCAUUAUCCGGUCUUCGAAAACAGUGGUGCCCUGAUAUCGUCAAUCUCAUCGAACGUAUGUGGGCCCACGAACACGAGAAACGCCCGACCAUGUCUGAAGUUGUUUUGGAACUCGAAGAUAUGGUUAAGCGAUGGUAGCGCAUAGACAUGACACCCUUUCGACAAUUCAUUAUUCCCCUCUCCCAUGACGAUCGGUAGAAUAGGUUCGAAUUCCUCGCCAUGGCCAGUUUCUCUUUAUAAUUCACUAUACAACUUUCACGUCUAUUGCUCCAAUGUUCAAUAUCACCACACUUGCAUCUGUAUCUUUUAGUCUACGACAGAAUGUCGAAUCAAGUCAUAUAGCUCUCCUGAUAGUUCGUUUUCAAUACCAAGCUGCUUGCAAAUGUUCUUUGAUGGGAUCUCUGG